AUAUAUACUGUAUAUAUAUAUAUAUACAGUAUAUAUACAUACAUAUAUAUAUAUAUAUAUAUAUAUAACAAUAGUUGAGAUUGCAUGAAUUUAGCAAAAUACAUGAUAUAUAUAUUAUAAAAAUGUAUUCAUUCAGCAGAUUUACAACAGUACAAUAAUGUAAUUGAGGCGUAUACUUUCAUAUGUAAUUUUAUAAUGUCUUUGUAUAAUUAAACAUCUGUUGUAGUUGCAUUGAAAGAGUCUUUUUUGGAUAAACACAGGAAAUAAAGGGUCGUGUCUAGAAGGUAACCCCCAAACGGUGAAUAUGUGUAAAACUCUCGCGAGAUUCACCGCCCACUUUAUCCUGACCUUUAGUUUGUGGAGCAGUGCGACUUUAAACAAUCCCUGGUACCUCCUCUUCCUAGUGAUUAUGCUGUACUUUGAUCAAACUUUGUGUUUGUUAGCUGUUAACCCGAGUGACCAAGAAAAACUGAGAUUAGAGGUCAGAAUAAACAUAUUUACUGAAUUAAUACUGAGGUUUAAAUGACGAGGAGGAGGGUCAUCAGACAGGAGGGUUCAUCCUCUGCAGCCAGCAGAGUUCAGAGGUCUGCCAGAGUCCAGAAGGAGGAGGGGACACAGUCCAGAUGGUGGCUGAAAAGAGGCUUAUUGGCCCUCUUUGUGGUGCCUAUCUUGCUGAGAAUACUCCCAGAAUUAAUACAGCACGCUGUUUACACUCACAGACUCAGGGUGCCGUUCUUUGUUGACCUCAGCCGACCUGCUGAUCACUCCCUUAAUCACACCAUCAACAUGUACCUAACACCAGAGGAAGGAAUCUCCCUUGGCGUGUGGCACACUGUCCCUGAAAGUCAGUGGAAAGAGGCACAGGGGAAGGACUUGGCGUGGUACCAGAACACUUUAAGGGAUGAGAGUCCAAUUUUCAUAUAUCUUCAUGGGAACACAGGCACACGGGCGGCCACUCAUCGGGUAGGAGUGGCAAAAGUAUUGAGUGCAUUGGGUUACCACGUGCUGGUGCCUGACUACAGAGGGUUCGGAGAUUCCAUCGGGGAGCCGACUGAAGCCGGUCUAACCACUGAUGCCCUCUACUUGUACAAAUGGGUGAAAGCACGCAGUGGAAACAGCCUGGUUGUCAUCUGGGGACACUCUCUGGGCACCGGAGUGUCCACUAACGCUGCAGUAAAGCUGAUUGAGCAAGGUGAGAGUUUUGACGGUGUGAUGCUGGAGAGUGCAUUCAAUACUGCUCGACAGCAGAUAUCAGAUCACCCUUUUACCUGGUAUUACUGGAAGUUUCCGGGCAUGGGGUACUUUUUCCCAGAGCCGUGGGCAGAAAGCAAGGUUGUCUUUCCUACUGAAGAAAAUUUGAAGAAAAUGAGGUGCCCAAUCCUUUUCCUUCAUUCAGAGGAUGAUCACUUGGUUCCCUUUCAGAUUGCUCAGCAGAUGUAUGAGGUAGCAGCGAGCGCCCAGAAUGCAGAGCGAGUCAAGAUGGUGUCAUUCGGAGGUUCUCUGGGGUAUCUGCACAACGGCUUAUAUAGAGACGACCGUCUGCCUAACAUCAUACAGGAGUUUGUGCUGUCGUUGUGAUGUUGGAAAGACGACUGAAGCAGAAAAACUACGCCAGACUUCAGAUGCAGAGCGCUGGCUUCAUUUGAUUACACACUUGAUUAAAUUUUUUUUGCUUUGUCUUUACAGCUGCUUAUAUGUUGCAUAAAUAAGUGAUUCACUUCAAUUAUCUAUUCAGGCAAACUGAUAUUAAAAUUAGUUUCAGUUACAAGUGAUCAAGAUAAGAUUCACUUGUUAAGUGCUGAUUUCCCUCCCGUAUUUUUGGGGGGAUUUAUUCUGAAUUAAAUAGCAAUUCCAAUUGGAAAUGCAAUUUGGAUGAGCUAUUGUUGGAGUAGGUGCCCUCUACUGGGCAUUGUUGUGUGGUGAUAAUGCUCAUCUAUAAUACUGAAUAAUGAGUUUGGUAAUCCAAGGCUUAAGAUGUCUCGGGGUCAGUGACAUUUCAGAACGAUACAAGGAGAGCAGCUGGGAAAUGUCUGUGGUUUUACAAGAAACAGGAUUUCUGACAUUCUCUCAGUUUAACCACAGAAUAUGCAGUGCAAUCAGAUAAGUUUAAAGAAUCUCAGAUCAAAAGUCAUUACAGUUUACUUUAAUAAAUUUGAUUACUGUCUGUGUCAAGCAGCAUUGGUCUGUCUGUCU